CUCGGACAUAAUCCAAUUGAGCUCAGGCAAUCGUCUUUACGCAAUACAAUGUCAUCAGCUAAGGUCGGAGACACCAUCCCGGAUGCGACCCUGCAAACCAUCCCUUGGGACCCAUCCCUCGAGGACGGCAAGGCGUGCGGGGCUCCAAUGAAGGUGAACACACACAAGGAAUGGAAAGGCAAGAAGAUCGUCGUAGUCGCCGUUCCCGGUGCAUUCACGCCCACUUGCCAUGUGAAGCACCUGCCUGAGUUCGUGCAACGCGCUGGCGAGUUCAAGCAGAAGGGAUACGAGGUCUACAUCAUUGCAGCAAACGAUGUCUUCGUCAUGUCCGCCUGGGGUCGCACAGAAGGCGGGAAGGACGGCCUGCAAUUCGCCUCCGACGUGAACCUCGACUUCUCAAGGGGACUCGGCGCGACCCUCGACCUGUCAGGCGCAGGGUUCGGCGAGCGCACAGCCCGCUAUGCGCUCAUCGCCAACGACCUCAAGAUCACGUACUUUGCCGUCGAGGAGGGUUCGAGCGAGGUGAAUGUGUCAAGCGCCUCCACGGUGCUUGGGAAACUGUGAGAGCAUGAGGUUGAAUACCACGCUCGUCGCCGUGGUGACGGCUGCAGCAAGUAAGCGGACCCAGGCUGGCCAUGUACUAUCGCGUCCUUGUAAACUUUGGGAGUUCAAGGCUUAAUGCUGAAUGCUGAAUAUCGAG